AUGGGGGCCGGCCAGCGGUUGAGGUCCUGGGCUGCUGCUCAGCGGUCCUUUCCCCGCUCGUUCUGGUCGGGCCAGCCUUGCCACUCAGUGGCCCCCGCCGUGGCUACCAAGGCCUUGCCCUUCGAGGCCAUUCCCCGCAGCGGUAGCAACGCCUGGGUCAACCUCUACCAGUUCUGGAGGACCAACAGCUUCCAGAACUUCCACCGCGUCAUGCAGAGGAACUUCCAGAACCUGGGGCCCAUUUACAGGGAGACGGUGGGCACCUACGACACGGUCAACGUCUUCCUUCCCCGAGAUGCCGCCCAGCUCUUCCAGUCGGAGGGGAUCUUCCCGCGCCGCAUGGGCAUUGAUUCCUGGGCCGCUCACCGCGCCAUGAGGAACCACCAGCGGGGCAUCUUCCUCUUGAAUGGGGAGAAGUGGCGCUCAGACCGGCUGGUCCUCAACAAGGAGGUGAUCAGCCCGCUGGGAACCCGCAAGUUCCUGCCCUUCCUCAACACUGUGGCCCAGGACUUUGUGGACUUCAUGCACCGGCAGGUCCGGAAGAACGCCCGGCGCUCGCUGACUGUCGACCUCUACCACGACCUCUUCCGCUUUGCCCUGGAAGCCAGCAGCUACGCCUUGUACGGGGAGCGUCUUGGACUCUUGGAGGAGAACCCCAACCCGGAGUCGCAGAAGUUCAUUGUGGCGGUGGAGACCAUGCUACAGACCACACUGCCCCUGCUCUUCCUCCCGCCGGGGGUCGUGCGCUGGGUCAACCCCAAGCUCUGGCAGGACCACAUGGAUGCCUGGGACGCCAUCUUUACCCACGCGGACAAGUGCAUCCAGAACAUCUACCAGGAGUUCUGCCUGGGCCAGCCUCGCAAGUAUUCAGGGAUCAUGGCCGAACUUCUGCUGCAGGAGGAAAUGUCCCUCGACUCCAUCAAGGCCAACAUGACCGAGUUCACCGCUGGUGGUGUUGACACGACAGCCGUCCCGCUGCUCUUCUCACUCUUUGAGCUGGCCCGCAACCCCCAGGUCCAAGCGUCCAUCCGAGAGGAGAUCCAGGCGGCCGAGAAGCAGGGCUUUGGGGAGAUCUCCAAGGUCCUCAACAGCCUGCCUCUGCUCAAAGGGGCCAUCAAGGAGACUCUCCGGCUGUACCCAGUGGGCAUCACCGUCCAGCGCCAUCUGACCCAAGACAUGGUGCUCCAGAAUUAUUGUGUACCUGCCGGGACCUUGUGCCAGGUGGGACUGUAUGUCCUGGGCCGGAGUCCUGAGGUCUUCAGCCACCCAGAACGCUACGACCCGACCCGCUGGCUGGGUAAGGAGGACAAUCACUUCAAGGCCCUCUCCUUCGGCUUCGGGUCACGCCAGUGCAUUGGCCGGCGGUUGGCCGAAUCGGAGAUGAUGCUCUUCCUGAUGCACGUCCUGCGCAACUUCAAGAUCGACACGGUCUCCAAGGCGGAUCUGAACACGGUCUACAGGUUCAUCCUGAUGCCGGAGAAGCCCCCUUUGCUCACCUUCCGGCCCAUUGACUAAGCAGAGCGGAGGGAGUGGGCCACCAAAGGGGCACGACUCUCACGGAUAUUAUGCACCUCUACUGCUCCAUUUGACUCUGCCCAGGCAAAAGAGUGCCUUCUCGAGAAUCCUUGGGCUGGAAAGGUCCUCCAAUGGCCAUCUAGUCCACCCCCCU